AUGGAUAUGGAAGAUGAGGAAGAAUUGAAGAGGAUGUGUGCUAAUACGGCUGUCUGCGCCGUGGUCACUUUGGUAACAUGUAUAUUGAGAAUGCGUGCUAAGCGCAAGAGAAUAUCAACUUGUACGAAGCAAGAAAAGAUCAGAAAAAUAUAUUGUAGAGAGGCUCACUUCAGACGUGUACUGGAGGGCUAUCAAAAUAGCUGUCAAUCUUAUAUUAGAAUGAGACCGAUGGCCUUUUUUAAACUUGUUGAAGUAAUGAAAGCAAACGGUUUAUUAAAAGAUACAAGAUACGUUCAAGUUGAAGAACAGCUUGCUAUGUUCCUAAGUGUUAUUGGGCACAAAACUAAAAAUAGAAUAAUAAGAACUGAGUUCAUAAGAUCAGGGGAAAUAGUUAGCAGGUAUUUCAAUAAAGUUCUGCAAGCAAUGAAUGGACUACGUGAUCGGUACAUGAAGCAAGCCCCAAAAGAAGUUCCCGAGGAGAUUGUAAACAACUCAAAUUAUUUUCUUUACUUUAAGGACUGCAUUGGUUUGAUAGAUGGCACACACGUCGACGCGGUGUUACCUAGUGACCUAGUUGCACGGUUUAGAGGGCGAAAAGGGGUCACCCAAAACAUCUUAGCAGCCUGCACCCCCAAUAAACUAUUUACUUAUGUCUUGGCUGGCUGGGAGGGGGCAGCAAAUGAUUAUAGGAUUUUAAAUUACUGUUUAAUUAAUGUAGGUAAAUAUUACCUAUGUGAUGCUGGAUACACCACAAUGUCAGGUUUCAUAUCCCCGUAUCGCAGUGUCCGAUAUCAUUUAAAAGAGCACACCGGUAGGACACCAAAGAAUAGGAAGGAGUUGUUCAAUUUAAGGCAUUCAUCUUUAAGAUCAAAAAUUGAAUGCACAUUUGGGAUACUGAAGAAUCGGUUUAAAAUUCUUGCGGCGAAGCCGAAUUAUCCAUUUCCCACUCAAGUGGACAUUGUACUAGCGUGUACUGUGUUGCACAACUUUAUUGCCUUGGAGGAUCCGGCUGAUGAUAUUUUCAAUGAAAAUGUUGAAAUUGAUGAAGAUAAUGGGGAAGAGACAAAUGAAGAUGAUUCAAAUGUGGUGGACUAUACUCAAAGUAUGGCUAACAAUCCGGCAGAUAAGCAAAGCAUGCCUUCUCAUUCGAAUGCAAUGCCAAAUCCUACAUCAGGGAUUAACAUGAACUACAUGCCAGUUCGACCACAGCCAUUCACCUCACCUCCGCAUACAUUCUCACCAUUCCCACCAUGGGAUGAUUUAGCAUUGGAUGGCAUGAAGCCAGACAAGAACUUCAAGGCUGAAGCUUAUAAAAUGGCUGCCAUGAAAAUCAACAUGCAAUUCAGGACUGAUUUCACUCACCUUCAUGUCAUUAACCACUUGAAAUGUUUGAGGAACAAAUUCAAUGACAUGAAAGCUUGCCUUGAUAUAAGUGGUGCUGGGUGGAUGAAACAAAACAAAUCCAAUUCUAAAUACAAAGCGUACAUAAACAAACCCAUUCCUCACUUCAAAAAUUUACAAGUUAUCAUGGGUGAUGAUCAAGCCAAGGGUGAUUUUGUUAGGCCCGUGUACGCUAACAUUGGGUCUAGUAGGUCCAUACCUAUUCCCGAUGAUGAUUGCGAGAUUCUAGAGGAGAGUGAAACUGAACCACAGUCUGAUGCUUGCAACCAACCACGUUCUGGUGCUGUUAACCAACCACAACCCACUAGAUAUAAGACUAAGAGUAAAGACAACAUGACUUCAUCAUCUAACAAAAAAACCAGAAAAUCUAAUCGUGAAGAGGAAAUGCUAUGUGCCUUUGUUGAGUCUAUGUCUCAGUCAAUGAGAAAUCAACACGUUAUACACUGGACUGAGCAGUUGGCUGGAGCGUUGAAGGAACAUAGGUCUGAAUAUUCCGAGGAGUUCCUCGAUAGGGUUUUAGACCAUUUAUAUGACAAUGAACGUGAAGCUAGGAGGUUUUUCAUAAAAUCCAAGGAAGCUCCUGCUGCUGCUGGGGUUAAGCUGUUAUUCCUCAGAUGUGCAGCUCCUGCUGUUGCUGGGAUUUGUUGCUAUUUUAUUUUGAGCUUGUGUAGCUCCAAUACAGUAUGGGCUGUUGCUAGGGUUGUGCCUUUUGAUUUCAGCUUGUGCAGCAUUUGCUGCAGCUGGGGUUUGGUGCUGUUUUGUUUGAGCUUGUGUAACAUAGAUGCUCUUUGGGGUUGUGCCUGUUAUUGGGAGCUUCUCGUGGUUGCAUUUUGUGUUGCUGUUUUGGUUUUCCUUGCCUGUGGGUUACUUGCUGAUUUGGUUUGCCUUGCCUGUGAUGAGGCAAAAGGGGAUGAGAUUGUAGCCUACAUUGAAUUGACAAUGUCUAGGUGA